AUGGAUACCAAGACUGUUGCCAUCAGGACGAAGGCCAAGGAGGCGGCGUCGUCAAUCAACACAGACAUGUUGAUGGGGAGACUUUGUAAGGGAGACGUGAGAGGGGCAAGGGGCAGUGGAGGAAGCAAGGAGGACAACAAGGAGAAGAACCACGUCUGUCCUAUGUCUCUCGAACGAGACAGCAAGGCUCCAGGAGACGCCAGGCAGGACAUCUCGACCUGA